AUGUUUGGUCAUCCAUUGUAUGAUUUGUUGUCCGGUCCAAGUCAUGCCCAAUAUUUUGGAUCUAACCCACAACGCGUCUAUUGUCCAACCUGCAACGAAAUUACAAAAACUAAACUUGAAUAUGUUAAUAAUGCAAAAACUAAAUGUUGUAGUUUUCUUAUUGCAUUUUGGGGGUUUUCGAUUUUAACUACUACGUUGGCAAUGAUUAAAGUUAGUGCUAGAAGUUCUGAAUCUCUGUUUUUUUCUCUUUUCUUUCUCGCUAUAGGGUAUGUUUCAUAUAAAAAAUUGAAAAAAAAAUAA